UCACAUUUUAUGACCAGAUUUUAAUGCUGAUUUGAACUAUGUUUUUUAUCGUAAUCUUAACCAACAGUUUUGGAGAUUUCGGUCUUUCCUCAUUCAAAUAGACAGUAACUGCUCUUGAAUGCCGCUUGUUUACAUAGAAAAAUAGCUUGCCAGAGAGCGUUCCAAAGAUGGCCAGACUUGCUAGAAAGACCUUGGCCCCGCAAACCAACGUCUGACUUUCAGCCAAUCACUCGCGAACGUCACGCAACGUAGUUAAUAUUCAUGAGCGAACUCUUCAUCACGAACACAAACAUAGAUUUCACACAAAGCACUGAUGAUGACCCUCUCAUUGAUGGGCCAUACCUAUCCCAAGAUGCACUGGAGUCAGCAAUCAAGAGAGAGUUUGAGAGACUGCCCACUCAUUGGGCAGUGGGCAUACUGUCAUUUAUACAUAUGGUGUAUGUGGUGUUGUGUAUUGUAAUCACAGUAUUUUGCUGGGUAUCUAAUGAGCACUCUGCUGAGUGCACUGCUGCAUUGCAGGGGAUUGACUCUAAGACUGUGGUGUUGCUGGGGAAAGUUGGACUGUGGGUGCUGGUCUUUAUAUAUGAUAGAUUUAUCCAGCAUCACCAUAGCGCUGUGAGACAGAGAGGUUACCUGGACUUCUACAGGAUGACGAGAGGAAUAAAGAGCCUUCCCCUGCUCAUUCACUCUGCAGGUAAUGCAGCGGUCCUGACUGUAAUUGCUCCAUCCUCUUUGCUGGAUGCAAGGGUGAAGAAUCUGUCUGUAUAUCUCCUGCUGGCCAUCAUCUGUCUGGAGCUACUGUUGUCAGUUAUAUGCCUUCUUAGAUACGCAGUGCAUGUGGUAAAGUUUAAUAGCAAGAAGCCACAUCCUGAUGUGAAUGAAGAGGAGCGAUCUCAUGGCUGCUCCACCGAUGUGCAUACAGAGACAGGUUUCAGGGACGGCUCCAGUCUGGAGGAACUGGUUGAAAAGCAGGCAGACCUGAUUGAUUAUCUCAAACAGCACAACAGUCAUCUGAGUAAGAGUAUCCUUAGCCUGACCGGCCAGCAGUCCAGAGACUGACAUCCGCACAGAGAGAGAAAGAGUGUGACUCAGGACUGUUAGUGGACAUGAUGGGCUCUGAAGUGAUGCAUGCGUGCGAGUGUGCGUGUGUCUAUCUUGACAGAAAUCGGCAGCCGCGGCUGACUGAUCAGAAGGCUUUUGGUGGGAAAUGAACCCUGGUAACCUCACUAACGACACUCAUGUUUCUAUGACAACAAGUCUGACUAGACAGUGGCCGCAAUUAGGAAGUCAAAAACCUCUUCUGUAGAAAUGUUCACUAAAGAUGCUCAUUAUGAGUUUUUGGGUUGCACGAUCUUAUCAAAUUCAAAAACUUCAUUCUUACUGAUGUAUGUGUGUUUGUAUGUAUGUGAGAGACAGAAUGAGAGUACAGCAUUAGAGUAUUAUUGUGUAGUUUAUUUUUCAUUUGAUUUUUUUUUUUUUAGCAAGUACAUUUGCAGCUGACAUUUGUGGAUCAUUUAGGAAGAUUGAUCCUAAAAGAAAGGGUCUGUUAGGUGAUAUAUUUAGGUUUUUAAGUCAUUCUCAAAAUGAUGUGGGACAUACUGACUCAUGUUUUGUACUACUGUUUUUUUUUUGUUUUUUGUAAAAUAAUGUGAAUAAAAUGAUUAAAGCUUUUUGGAAUACGA